AUGGCGAUGAUGAUGACUGGCCGUGUGCUGCUGGUGUGUGCCCUCUGCGUGCUGUGGUGCGGCAAUGGUUUUGGAGAUGCAAGGGACGAUCGCUACAACGAGGGUGGAAGAAACUUCUUGACGCACACGCAUAAUGGAGGAAAUGACAGGCUGCGCCUGAAGGCGGAUCGCGGGUUGAUUUCCACCCGAAUGGGAUUAAUAAAGGCGGUUGCAGCUGAGGAUGACAGUGAAGGUGGAACUACUAAUGCCCUAUUGGAGGAGAAAACAGCGGCUGGUGGUAUAUCAGCUGGUAGUGGGGGCGACGCAGCGCCUGUUCCAAAAGAAAUGGAAGGUGCCGCAGGUGCAGGAACACCAUUCCUGCCGUCUGGGCCUGGAAUGCCAGGGACAGGUGCAGAAACCGGGCAGUCACUUAUGGCUGGUCAAGAAGGGAAUGAAAAAAAUAACUUGGAUCCUAAGAAAAAAGAGGCAACGGACUCCAAAGACAAGACCAACGAUGAAUUGUCAUCUCCAUCUGGCAGCACUCCCAGUCCUCCUGGUGAAAAACUCUCUUCGACGGGUACUGAUGACAUUAACCAAUUGCCCAAGGGCAAGGUGACGGAAUUAGGUGUCGAACGCCAGGAUAACCGUGAGAGCGAUGAAGCGAUAGAGAAAGAGGAUGGGGAAAAAAACACGGAAGAGGAGGAAAAACAAAAAAUUAAAGCACAAACCGAGUCUCGCGAAAGUAAAAAUAAUGCGGGAGAAAAACCACCAUCAUUACCCGCACCACCACCACCUCCACCAACAACACCAUCGGGUGGACCUGCACCAUCAAUAUCAGAGGGUGAAGGAAGCCCACCAACGGAACUAAAAAACUCACAGAAUCAGAAAAAAGUAACGAACGAAGCCACACCGUCAGAAUCCAAAACGGACUCAGAAGCAACGCAAUCAUCUUCAGGGGUUGCUACACAAGGGCGGCACAGUCAUGACACAGACACAGAGGAUUUGAUGAAGAAUGCAGCAACCGGCAGUCCAGCAGAAACAACAACAACAUCAUCUACCUCUACAAGUGGCAGCGGUGAUCAUGUCCAGAAUAGGGAAGAUAAGGAUGAUGCUCAAAUCUCUGAAGAACAACACGACAGUCUUGAAACUGGCAAUACCAACGGUGUUCCAACACUCAGUGAGGCAGAACCACAAACACCAGCAACAGUCACCGCUGCUCAAAAGAAUUAUACGACGGCACCUGGCGACAGUGACGGCAGCACCGCGGCUUCCCACACCACCUCCCCUCUUUUGCUUCUUCUUGUUUUUGCGUGUGCGGCGGCUGCUGCGGUGGUGGCCGCGUGA